AUGUCCAGACUUUCGGACGUUGAACCGAGUGUGCAUAACACUGUCGCCCGCAGCCGCUCGAGACUCCGCGCUCCGCCGGGCGGAGGCAGACCUGGAAAGCGCAUUAUUCUGUGUGAGGAUGGUAAGCUACGAUUUUCUCGGGGAUUUUGGAACCGGAGGCUGAUGAUUUGAUAGGAUCGUGGCUGAACUCAGACAGCGGCAGUCUUAAGGCCUCCUUUAAUAUUCCGAGCAAUGUCACAAGACUUUCCCGAGCCAUCAAACCACUCAGCGCAGAUGGCAUUCCUCAAGUUGUAUAUUAUCACUGGGGUGUUGGAGGAGCAGGCGGCAUCAGCAACAAGAUUCUUGGGAUCAGUGGAACAGGUUUGCCACACUCCACUGAUAUCAACGGAUGACCACUGACAUUCUAUCAGGACUCGCGGAAAUAGUACGCGAGGGAUACACUUUCAUCGCAACCAAUUACCUUCCGGGCGACGAAAUCUUCAUCUUUGGCUUCUCCCGCGGGGCCUUCAGUGCGCGCAGCAUAUCAGGCUUGAUAGAUCAAGUCGGCGUCUUGACCAAGGAUGGCCUACCAUAUCUCCCAGAAAUCUUUCGCGACGUACAACACCGGCACGACCGCAGCUACGUACCAAAACAUCCGGACAUCCCAUUUCGAGACAAGCCGAGUACCAUGGAUCCAGAGUACGGCCGCGAGCUUCAAAGACUGCGUCUGACCAGGCUUGGAGUUUCAGUGAAAGUCGUCGGUGUCUGGGACACGGUUGGAUCUCUUGGUACACCAAAAAUAGGCUGGUUGACUCGGCUUGGACUUCAAUCGAGGAUGGAAAGGGAACUCUCUUUCUACGAUACUGCAAUUAGUGAUUGCAUCGAGUAUGCAUUUCAGGCCCUUGCGCUAGACGAGAGACGAUUUGCUUUCCCGCCGACACUCUGGGAGAAAUUCGAAGGCAACCAGACGACUCUGCGACAAGUCUGGUUUCCAGGAGCACAUUCCAACAUCGGUGGUGGGUAUGACGACCAACAAAUCGCAACCAUAAGCCUCGCAUGGAUGAUGGCACAAUGUCAGCCAUUCAUAGACUUUGAUCUCGACUACGUUCACGACCAGUGGGACGAUGUCGAAGAUUACUACGAGAAGACGGACCAGAAAAUCAGGCCAUGGUCCUUCGGAAAGAUUUUCAGUGGGCUGGAGGGAAUCUAUGCGCUUGGAGGCUCCAAUGUGCGGACACCAGGGCGAUAUACUGCGACCGAUCCUACGAAUGGCAAGCCGACCGAUGAUCCGCUGAUGGACACGCAUGAGUAUAUUCAUCCAUCAGUGCGCUGCCGGAUUAAACUGCACGGCCCCGGCUUGGAUGAUCGCGGGGAAUACGAGUGCAAAGCUUUGCGAGAUUGGAAGCUUGUUGUUGAAUGGCCAGAUGAGGGGGCCAAGAGGCCCACAGUGUAUUGGAAAGCUCGCGAUAGGCCAUCCGAGGGGUUCGUCAAGGUGCUCCCGGAAGCGCCGCUCUGGCAGCUGGAACAGGAGCUGCUGAGAUAUGAUCCGGAGACAGAGAGCUAUGUGACCAAGCCCUCCGGCGUGCGUUCACGCAAGAGCGAGCGUAGAGGCCAGCGUAGGAGUAGGAGUCGGAGGAGCGAUACCCUUUCGCCGCGAUAG